AUCCUCAAAUCCCAGCCAAAAACCAGUGCCACUCAAACACGCUCCUCUUCUCCUCGGUUCUCUAACCCUUCCCCUCUCUCUGUCCCUGUGUGUCUCUGUUGUGUGAAAAGGAGCUAGUAACCGCAAGCAAUGCAGAUCGACGGCGAAAAACAAGGGGACGAGUUCUACGAGAAGAUCGAAGCGCCCAAGUUCGUGGACUUGACCGCACCCGAUCAGUACCGCCCCGACGACCGCUACUGGUUCUGUUUACGUGUCGGAUGUGACCAGAAGCAUGAAGAAGAAAUAGAUUCCGAAGCAAUCUACAAAGAUUUUGUUCUUCGGGUUAUGGCAGCAAGAAGUCCCAAUAUACGGCUUCGAAAAGCCCUCAACAGAAAAGCUGCAAGUGGAAAUGUGAAAUGCCCACUUACGGCUCCCCCAAAAUCAUCCAAGUCUAGAAUACCAAGAUUAGCACUGAUUUCUUCAAUUUCUCAAAAAGUGGUUCAUAAGCCCAGUGCAACCCCAGAUUCAAAGAAAAAACAGCCUUCUGAGGUGUCUAAGGCUUUUACUACUCCAAGGAAUAGAAAGCGCCUCUCAAACCCCAACACAUUUAGAAGUGUUCGGAACCCAAAAGCAACAACUGUUGCUGUGCCAAAGAAUAGAGUGGUAGCAAAGGCUUUAGCCUUCAACUCACCAAAGAAAGCAGUAAAGACAAAGACUUGUUCAGAACUGAAUACCCCUGUGAAAACAUUAUGUGCAGCAAUGAAGAAGCUUGAGAUCACCGGUGGAAAGAAGAAUGUACUAGGGUAUGACAAAUCAUUGACUAUAGGUGCUUCAAGAAAACAAUUAAGAGGGAGAGGGAGAGAGGUUAAAAGCCGGGUUUAUGACGCCUUGAAUUCUCGUGGCCGCAAUGUUGAGGAAGCUAAAUCUUCAAGAUGUUUGAAGAGAAAGAAUAAUGGCAAAGACAUGAAACCCUCUUGUGAUCAUGUGCCUCAUGAAGGGGAUGAUGAUUCUAGUGACAUGGACAUAGACGAGAGAUCAAGGAAUGGUUCUUUUGAGGGUACUUCUAUGAGCAGUGAAGUAAAUGGGCAUGAAGAGUGUUUGGAAAUUGGGAAAUCACAGCAAGGUGAGCAUUCAAUUGAAGUUUUCUCAGAUGCUUCAAGAGGUGACAUUAUUAUCUCUCUAUCAAGUUCUGAAGAGAGGGAUUCAGGAGAAAAUGAAGCCCCAAAAUCCCAAGCAGUGGCUGAAGGGACUAGUGAAGGAAGUGAUCAAGAGGAUAAAAUAGUAUCAAGUUCAGGAAAAGAGAAAAUCCCUGAAGUCAAGGAAAGUGAUGAUGAUAAGGAAAAUACCUUGACUUGUGAUGACACUGAAAAUGACAGUGGAGCCAUAGAUGAUGAUGAAAAGGAAAAUGCUUUAGCAUCAGACGAUAACAGGGUACAGAAUCAAAAUGAUGUUAAACAUGGAAAUAUAAUAUUGGGGAAGAAAGAGAGUUCUAAAAUAUCAAAAAAGAUGAUGCAGGUUAACCGAGUAAUAGGUAAGACUUUAAAGGGGGGUUCCAUCCCUGCUGCCACUGGUGCUCAAGGGGUGAAGUAUAGGAAACCAAAGCCUACAAAUCCCAAGCCUUUUAGGUUGAGAACUGAUGAAAGAAGGAUUCUUAAGGAAGCAAACAUGGAGAAAAAACUCCUUGCACCUCUGACAGAAAUUACAACAGGUCCUAGGCUUCAAGGUGGAAACUCACAAAGAAAGGCAAGCCAAAAGAAUGAAAGAUGCCGUAGAAAAAGUGAAAAUGAGUGUGAAAUACAUGAAGGUGGUGAGAAGAAACUGGACAGAACAACACCAGAGGAUCAUCAAUCCAUAAGGGUUGGAAGUACUUGCUUGAAGCAUUCAAAAGGAGGAGUGGAACGUAAAGUAUCAUCACCUAUGACUCCAUGUAGACGUACCAUUUCUACACACCAGAGAGCCAGCCUUGUGACUUCACCAAUGGAACGUGACAAAGCAGCUCAAAAACCACUGAACAGCUUGAAAAAGAUCAGAUCACCAAUUAUACAACAAAAACUUGUGAGGCCUAUUGGAGCUAUGUCGAGUAGAAAGGGAACUGUUGCCCUUAUGACACCUUGUCAACUCAGUGCCAUUAAGGAAACCUCAUCAAAGAUUUUCACACCCAGGAGUGUGGCAACGGGAUCUGAGAAUGCUGCCCAAGGAACUAAAGCUUCCGCUCAUGCUGCUUCCAGGUCGAUGUCGCGGGGAAGAAGAAGGCCUGCAACCAUUCCAAAGGAGCCAAAUUUUCAUAGCAUCCAUGUACCGAAGAGCUGCACAAGGAAACAAAAUCUACCUUGUUGAGUGUGUUCAUAUCUUCUUCUUGUUCAAUAAUGUCAUUGAAUUGUAUUUUUCCUGUUUAAAUUUCACACUUUUCUCUUUAACUAUCUUCGGCUUUUGGGAAUUGGGAACAUGUGUGUGUUGUAACAUUUGAGAUUAGAAACUGAUUUGUAUUGAUUAUUUAAAAAAGA